CAGUCAUUUAAAAUUGUAUUCAAAAAUUGGAAUGAUCAAAACAAAUAAUUAUAAAAUUAUUUCCAAUAUGAACAAUAUAUGUAGAACUUGUGUUACUGAAAGUGUAACGUUAAGUAAAAUAAAUGAAACUGACAUAACUGUUGGAAGUAAUUCUAUGUCAGUGAUGAAAUUGUUGAAUAUUUUCACUUUCAUAGAGCUAAACGAGCGAUUUCCAGAUCUAAUAUGUGUAAAUUGUCUGGACAAAGUUACCAAUUUUUACAAAUUCAAAAUUCAAUGUGAUAAUUCCAAUGGUUUACUUGAGCAGUAUUUGAAAGUCAAAAGUGAACCCCAAGUUAAAGACUGCACAGACAGAGAUUCAUCCGAUAUUGAUUACGGUGGAAAUGAUAUAAAGAAGGAAUCUCAUGAAUGUGAUAAAGCAUCAACACCUGACAAAAGGAGUACUUCAACUGAUAAAGCAGACGAAAACACCAACAGCUUUUUCCCCUGUGAGGAGUGUGGAAAAUCUUUCAAAACGCGUAACAGUUUGAGGGUACACAAAAAGUGCUAUACAUUAGGGCGUUUUUCGUGUGAUUUAUGUACUGAGAAAUUUGUUGCAAAAUGUGGGCUGAAUCGUCACUUGAAAAUAACCCACAAAAAAGCGAAAAAAGAAUCAGACACUGUGGAAACGACCGAACAAAUAAACUCCUAUUUCUGCAGUACUUGCAAUAAAAUGUUCAAAUCAAAAUAUAUUCUAUCGGUACAUGAAAAACGUCAUUUACAUAAAGGCCACUUCUUGUGUCCAGUAUGCGGGAAAGGCUUCAAUUCCAAAGGUUGUUUGAACAGGCAUAAUCGCGUACACACUGGGGAAAAAAAAUAUGAAUGCCGUGUCUGCCAUAAAAAAUUUCCCUCUUCAAAUAAUCUCAAUCUUCACUUCCGAAUUCAUAGUGGGGUGAAACCGUAUCUAUGUACAAUAUGUGGAAAAUCGUUCACACAUCCAACUGGAUUAACUUACCAUACCAGAACUCACACCAAAGAGAAAAACUAUCACUGUGACAUGUGCGAUAAAUCUUUCGCAAUCCAGUGUCACUUGGAUAAUCAUCGAAAACGACAUACAGGUGAAAGGCCUUUCGCUUGCGGGCAAUGUGAAAAGGCUUUCAUAAAAAAGGUGGAUCUACAGAGACACGAAGCAGUCCACGGAGGAAUCAAACCUCACGUUUGUAAUGUCUGUGACAAAGAGUUCUUGAGGCCAUUACAUUUGAACUACCACAUGAUGAUACACACUGAAGAAAGACCCCACAAGUGCGCCUACUGUGGCAAGGGGUUCAUCAGAAAGUAUUACUUGAAGGAUCAUAUGAAGAAACACCAUGAUGUAACAGACUUCAACAGUCUCAAGAGAGAAUUUUAUGUUUCAUAACAAAAACAAUAUUCAUAUCGUUUAUAUUUAUUUAGUAGUUGUUUCUUAAUCAUAUGUACAUGUUUUCAAAAAAUUAUAUGAUCACAUGACUAUUAAAUACACACUGUAGACAUCUUUGAAUUUACAAAGUUACUUCUUCAGCUAGUUCUAUCAUCUCUAGUAAUCUCAUGAUGUUGCUUACUUGGCUAGUGAAACGUUUGUUGAGAAACAGUAGUUUGUUCUGCUGUGGUAAAAGUGAUUUCAUUUUAUACAGUUGGUAUGUUAUAUUCAUGCUUGUUGCUGUGUUACCUUACAG